AAGUUGUGUGUUGUUUAUUGAGGUGUUCUCUACAGCAACCGCACAGCAAACGGAAAAGAGAUUUUGAAAGAGGGUUCUUUGAGAAAAUUUGGAGUAUAAAAUGUAGUUUGCUGCACAUUUUUUGGAUGAAGUAAAAGUUCAAAGGGAAAUUAAGAGGGAAAAAACGUCAAACUGUGUAUAAAAUAAAUAAUAAUUAAAUAAAGAAACACUGCGCGUUAGAGUUUCUGGCGCCAAAUAAAGAGGAGCGCAGUUGGGAGAGUGUAAUGUACAACUAGCCAAUGCCGCAUACACACUUAGUUACACUAAAGUCCGCCAUUUCACUGUUAGCUUAAAAACCUGAUUAGCAAAGUCUCACAGUUUAUUUUCCUUAUGAAGUGGAAGUGAGCGCCGAAGAGCAGAGGACGGCCGGAUGCAGAAAUUGCCAUGGAAACCCGGUUCUCCCAUUGAAGAUGCCCAUUCACUAAUUAGCUAGCAGAGAUGAGUUAGCAUGUACUAGUGUAACCAGUUUAUGAGCAUAUUUUUAAGUUUUGUUGUUAGAUACAAGUCAAAGGUUGGACUUUUAACUUCUCUUUAUUUCAAUGGUAAAGAUUCCAGUUUAAAAACAACAACAUAGAUAAUAAUUUCAAUUUUAUUUGUAUAGUGCUUUUAACAAUGGCCAUUGUCACAAAGCAGCUUUAUAGAAAUAUAUAAAUUCAGGAUAUAAGUUUUAAACUUAUAAAUUUAUCCCUAAUAAGCAAGCCGGAGGUGACGGUGCAAAGGAAAAACUCUCUGAGACGACAUGAGGAAGAAACCUUGAGAGGAACCAGACUCAAAAGGAAACCCAUCCUCAUCUGAAAUGGAGGCCUGCUCGGCAAGCGUGUGGCCUCGUCUGGAGCCGUUCCUCCUGGGGGUUCUACAGGCCGCUCCUCCAGGCAAGCUGAGCAUGCACUACCUGCGCAAGAUGGCCUGUUACGUGCGCACACGUGAUGGCUGCUUCCCACGUCUCAGCUGGCAUAUGUGGCGGCACAUUGCCUGUGGCAAGCUGCAGUUGCCCGAGGAGCUGGCCUGGCUCUACUUUGAGACCUUUGACCUGCUGGUGCCACGCUCUGCUGAGGCGAAGCUCGAGUGGGCAGAGGCUCUGUCUCAGAGCCUGAACCCUCGUGAUCUCGAUCGCCAGCGCAACAAGCUGUCUGUGGACACGCUGCAGUUCCUGCUGUUUCUCUACCUGCAGCAGCUGAACCGCGUCUCUUUGCGUGCCUCUCUAAUUGGUGAAGAGUGGCCGAGUCCUCGCUCUCGCUCCCCGUCAUCCUCCUCUGACAGGGAGGCCAAGAUCAGCUCCCAAAACAAGAAUUGGGAUGACCAGGCACACCUCACCUUCGUGCAGAGUCACUUGGCUGAACUGCUGGAGCUGCUGGCAGAUCCAGGCGAGCUGAGCGGGUCGGGUCAGGCCCUGCGAGACAGUAAACUCUCAGCCGAGGCCCUGCAGGCUCUCAGUGUGCUGCUGGAGGGCACGGUGAGCCGCGGACGCACUAUCCACCCCCUCCAUCGGCUACUGAGCCGCGCCCCGCUCCAGUCCAUGGCUGGAUACUCAAAACUCAGCCGCUCCUACUCACUGCAGCAGUUGCAGAGCUGGCUGCGCCAGGCGCUCACACUCAACCCAUUCGGCAUGUCCACCUGUCUGCGCUCGGGCAAGAAGCUGGCCUGGGCUCUGCAAGUGGAAGGUGCUAUGAAGAGAGCCAAGAUAGCCAGGAACACGCACAUGGCCCCUCCAGGCAGCAGGGUGGUGCUGAUGUCCCAGGUUUACAAACAGACUCUGGCUAAAGACUCUGAGAAGCUGGCUGGUGCAAAUGUCAAACUGCACCGCUGCAGCGAGGCUUUUAUCUACCUACUUUCACCCCUUAGGUCAGUGACGCUAGAUAAAUGUCGUGACAGCACCGUGGUACUGGGCCCAGUGGAGACCAGUGUGCACAUGCAGAGUUGCGAGAACGUUCGGCUUGUGUGUGUGGCCGGACGCCUGGCAGUGGGCGGCUCCACCCGCUGCACCAUUCAUGCUCUCACUCCCACUAGGCCGCUUCUACUGCCUGGCAACACCAGCCUCACCCUGGGUCCUUUCCACACACACUACCCCAGCCUGGAGGACCACAUGGCCAGUGUGGGAUUGGCAGUCGUGCCCAAUCUCUGGGAUCAGCCGCUGAUUUAUGCGCCAGAUGGUCCCUCACCAGACCCGGCCUGCUACCGCAUCCUGCCCCCUGCACAGCUCUGCCCUAUGGUUGUACCAUUCCUCAUGGAGGGUGACACCUGUGAGGUGCCAGGGGGACUGCCGUCAGUCUACCAGCAGGCCCUGGAGGAGCGUCAGCAGAGGGUGCACGACUGGCAGAAGAUGGUGAAGGACGCGCACCUUAACAAGGAGCAGCGGCGGCAGUUCCAGGCUCUGGUAGAGCAGAAGUUUCAUGAGUGGCUCCUGGAGACGGGACAGAGACAGGAGCUGGACAGCCUACUGCCUCCAACCAUCACACCUUCAAACCCCACAUGCCAGUCAAACUCAACCCACAGCUCUGAACGACCUCUACAGCAUGCGAAAGCUCACACACCCACAGUCUCCGCAGCACACACACUGUAAUAGACACUGAUGCACUUAUUUUAUUCGGUGUGGUUUACAUCUGCUUAGCAUUUCUCUUGGCUGGCGCAGACAAGCUUUUCUCUGAGCACUGAUCUCUGAACACUGAUCUCUGAACAGGUCUUCCCAACCCAGAGCUGAUCCAAGAUUGGCAGUUGGUGUAGCAGACUCAGGACUAAGGAUAUAAUUUUGAAAUGGGAUGCUGAAAGUCAGGUUGUCUUAAAAAUAUAAGAUACAGUAUAUGCCGUGUACUACUUGUACUGAUAGAGAAUUAUAUGCUGGAUACAUGCUGCAGAAUAAGUCUCAUUAUUAUAUAUUAUUCUGUUAAUCUGCAAGCGGCAUUGCUUCUUAGUUUUUUUUCCCAUUAGAUGCGAGUUUUAUAGUUAUGGUACUUAAGCGUUGUAAUCACCUCUGAGAGGAUGACUGCCUUGCUACUGUGGCAUUAAUAAAUAAGAAAAGAAUGAGGGACUGUUCUCUGUUCUGUGAAUUGUAGUGUGGAAGAAUAAAGCAGAAUAGAGUCCUGCAUUGAUGUGUACAAUUUGAAAGUGUAUACUUUUAUAAUUGCCCCAGAAGUUGCCUUUUGUUUACAGUUUGACAUAUAUGUGCUGAAGGAAAUGCACGCCUUUUGCUGGUAUGCAUUCAUUUUCAUAAAAUAAGAGCACUGAUCUAAGAUUAAAUUAAGAGUAAGCUUAUCUAAGCCAGAACAAAUUUAGCACUCUUAUUUAAUGCUUGAUAUCCAUGAGUACCAAGUUCUCUACUUGGCAGCCAGUAUGACUGUGAAUGUAUUUUUUCCUGCUGUAGCCUUACCCUAGUUGCACUUCCAGCUUCAUAGCGUUCCCUCUAAGUGCCACUUAUUGUGUCCUCUAAGAUCAGUGUUUCUCAGUUCUGGGGUUCAUCUGCACUGUACAUUUUAAUGUUUUUUUUAGCAUUCAGCAUUGAUUUCACAGUCCAGAGGGAAAGUACUGAAAUGUAUAGUUCAGAAGAACUCCACAAAAGGAAACUGAGAAGCGUUGCUCUAAAUUUAUUAUUACAUUUAAUUUAUAUGACCUGUAUGUUCAAACCAACAAACAAUACCACAUUACUCUCUUUUAUUCAUUUUUCUACGUCUGUAGGAACGCACUUUUGUCUGUCACUUUUGUAUCUUGGUUCUUUUUCCAUUAUGAAUAAAGUGUAUGAAUAAAUCCAGAGGACGUGUUUUAAGAAGAGAGCACAGUUUGGUAUUAUGUUUAGAUUAAGGGAACAGAUUUUGUUUGACUACCAAUAAAAGAUGCUUUAUCUUUGCAUAUGUUGGAAGUUAA